AUGGAAUAUUCUUCAGUAGACCUGAAACUAAAAUUAUACGCUGCUGCGAUACAGAAUGCACACAUCUUGGCAGGUGAAAUGGAUUUAGCUAACUUGCAGCUGGCAUUCAAAAUGACAUCCGAGUUGCAACAACGUGUUAUUGAUUUAAUGCGCAAACAAGAAAGACAUCUUAAAAAUUUGGAAGCCUUUAUGAAUAUAAAGAAAGAAGACACAUAUCCAGUAGGUGUUAUGGAAAUAGAUAAAGAAGUCUCGCAGAGUAUGGAGACAGAUAUGGAUGCGCGACAUAACCAUUACGAUGAAAGUCAAAACAGUGAAGUUAUAGGCAGUGAAAAUAUUGAAAAUGGGGAGGCAAUAAAUGACAAUCAGCAUUUGUGUGAACUGUCAAACCAUGUAGUCAAUAAUACAGUACCUACUAACAGUCAGGCGAGUAGUAUAUGUGAAACGCUUACACCAAGUACUUCCACCUCAGAGGAAGCAUGGAAACCAUUAAGUCAGAAACACAAAUUGAGAUCUAUAGAAUCCCUUUGUGAAGUUAUGCUUCUUGAUGGUAUUCCUAUACCUUUCACCAAUGAAAACACGGAUUGUGUUGCCUGUAAACUAAGAAAUCACGUGCAAACUGAAACGGUAAUCAGGAUGGUUUGUGCAGCGUGCCCAGAAUUUCCUCGGCUUUGUUCAGCACAAUGUUUUCGAUGGUGGCACAAUGUUCACUUACCGGCACUCCGUAAUAAACCAAGAGCAAUAAUCGACAGGGGAUUUAUUGCAAAAGUGAAUGUAAAUAAUUAA